UAUGCGUACCAGCUGAUCAUCAGCCAGCGCAACACAGACAACACAACUCACGCGCAGAGACGCAUCAUUCACCAAAAUAGCUAAUAAAACAUCGCGUUCGCUUUAUUUGGAGGGAAAUAAAUCGGGAACAUAUCAUGUUUGUUAAUUAAAGAUAACGGUAUGACUGUUAACGCGAGGUGUUACGCGCAGUAGUAAGGGCCAAACACAUUGGCCUGCUGAAGACGUGUGUGUGUGUAUGGUGUUUUUUUGACGUUCAGCCUUAAUUAUAUAAUACGACGGAAGGCGAUGGACUAUGUAAGAGCUCAAAUUUAGCCCACAAACGCCAGUGUAUUAUCAUAUAUUUUAAUACUGGACAUUUAGUGCAAUACAAGUAAAUCGAAAACUGCGUAAAAAUGUGGUGGAAACUCUUCUUUCUGCUUCUUUAUUUUUUCAUGUUAUUUAUUCUGGCCCGUUUUUUUGAGGCCAUCGUGUGGUAUGAAACGGGCAUUUUCGCCACCCAGUUGGUGGAUCCAGUAACUCUGAGUUUUAAGAAACUCAAAACCAUUCUGGAGUGUCGUGGACUGGGAUACUCGGGCCUGGCAGAGAAGAGAGAUGUGAGGGAGCUCGUGGAAAAUUCAGGAGAGCUGAUGCAGGGAGAGUUAUAUUCUGCUCUUAAGAAUGAGAAGGAGCAGGUGGGAUCUGACUCCAGCACAACUUUCAAUGGAGAAAUGCACUUUUAUGAAUUAGUGGAGGACACUAAGGAUGGUAUCUGGUUAGUUCAGGUAAUAGCUCAAGAUAGAAAUCCACUGUUGAGCACUGCCAGCUGGGGUAAAAUGGUACAAAAGGUUUCCCAGUUUGGCAUUCGAACAGGCACUUUUAACUGUUCAAGUGACUCAAGAUAUUGCCAUAAACGGGGCUGGAUGAAGUCCACUCUUAUCAUGUCUGUCCCACAGACCUCUGCAUCCAAAGGAAAGGUCAUGUUGAAGGAGUAUAACGGCAGACGCAUUGAGACCGAGCACAUAUUUAAAUGGAUGACUGCGCACGUGGCCUCUCGCAUUAAAACCAUCCGUUUCUCUCAGCAGUUAAUGGAUGACUGGUACCAGAUGAAAAAGCAACCAGUAAAAAUGUUUUUGUUUGCCAAAUUGCUUCAGCCCCCAGCCUUCUUCUCAACUCUCAGCAUCAAAUUCACCGGUCGAAUCGAGUUUAUCUUUGUUGAUGUGCGCAACUGGGACAAUGACACCUGCUUGGAGGAGAUUGGGGUUCGGCAAAUGCCCUCAUACAUCCUCAAAACACCAGAAGGUAUCUACAAAUAUGGCAAUAGCACUGGAGAAUUCAUUUCAUUGCAUGCCAUGGACACAUUUCUUCGCUCUGUGCAACCUGAAGUCAAUGAUUUGUUCAUUUUAAGCUUGGUCACAGUCAAUCUGAUGGCAUGGAUGGACCUUUUCAUUACGCAGGGAGCCACCAUCAAACGAUUUGUUGUUUUAAUAAGCACGCUGGGGACAUACAAUUCCUUACUUAUCAUUUCCUGGCUACCCAUCCUUGGAUUUCUUCAGCUUCCAUACUUGGAUAACUUUUACGAGUACAGCUUGAAACUCUUGCGCUACGCAGACAUCACUACUCUCGCCUCGUGGGUUCGGGCCGACUGGACCUUCUACUCUUCUCAUCCAGCUCUUUUUCUCAGCACUUAUCUGGCCCAUGGCCUUCUCAUCGACUAUUUUGAGAAGAAAAGAAGGUGUAGCAAUGAAGACCAAAACGCAAACAACCUAGAAUGGUUAUCAAGCCUCUGGGAUUGGUACACCAGCUAUUUGGUACAUCCCAUUGCUUCCUUUCAGAACUUUGAGUCAGACUGGGAUGAGGAUCCUAAUUUCCUUUUAGAAAGGUUGGCAUUUCCAGAUCUCUGGCUUCGCCCACUUGUUCCAAUAGACUACAUCAAGAACCUACCCACCUGGAAGUUCAGACUUGCACAGCCUAAAGUGGAUGAAAACAACCGAAGGAACCAUGAAGUAAACCCAAAUGACAGUCAGGAACCACAUCACCUCUCAGAGAUUCUUCACAGUAAUGAUGGAUGUUCAGCUGCGAAGUCGGAAGAGUCGUUGUCUGGUGGAGAGGAACAGGACACUGAUUGGUCUCAUUGGCCUUGUGGCAUGCUCCAUUGCACCGAGUGUGUCGUAUGUCUUGAGAACUUUGAAACUGAUUGCCUUGUCAUGGGACUACCAUGUGGCCACGUUUUUCACCAGCAGUGCAUCGUGGUCUGGCUGGCUGGCGGACGGCACUGUUGUCCUGUGUGCCGGUGGCCGUCCUACAAGAAAAGACCGGUGACACGUCUUCACGUGGCUGAACAGCUCGAACCAGAAUAGCCCUCGUGCAGUUUUUUCAGUUCUCUUCUUGCACUUAUUUAAAAAACUAAAAAAGUAAACCUAAAAACUUGAUGUGUUCAUUAUUAGUCUAUAGAUUCAAAACUUUCGGCUCUUGGGGUUUUUUGGUGUUAUAAUUUGCACACUUAUUAGGGUACAAGAGCAAAUUUACUAUUCCCAGUAAUAUUCUUUAAUUGGGAAAGACUUGAUUUGGAUCAUAUGCCUUGUGUUUAGAUAAAAAAGUAUAUGUUUUAAAAGGUUUAUUAUGCAAAUGUAAAAAUAUUGAAUGGUAAAUUCAAUGCAUAUGAUAUAAACGUUUUCUGUUGUAGCAUUCAUCGUACAUCCCACAGUGAGACGGAAAAAAAUCUGUGUUUCCUGUACCUGUAAGAUUACAUCUUAUAUAUGUUCACUGUCUCUCCAAUGUAUUAAUGUGAUUAAUCUGUCUAAAAUUAAGUUGCCAUUGAGUUGCCAAGUCAUUGGGGCUUUAAAGCAUGAAGGGAUCUUUAUACAAGAUCAAAUGUGAAUCUGAUAUUUAAGAUGGAAAGUAGCUUUCAAUACCCUAAAUAAUACUGCCCUGCACACGAUCCAAAAUCCCUUGGGCAUUGACAUGCAAUUUUUUUAUAGCUUCAUCUAUAAUUUAAGUUAUAGUGUUGUUGGUGCAUGGUAGUUUAUCUUCACAUAGCAUUUUGAACAACACUAUCAAAACCCUUUUCCCCAUUGAACUAAACCUGUAAUGGCAUUCAAACAAAUAAAGUCCAAUUUUCUCA